CGCCGCACGCGCAAACUUGGGCUCGCGCUUCCCGGCCCGGCGCGGAGCCCGGGGUGCCCGGAGCCUCGCCAUGUCGCGUUCCAACCGGCAGAAGGAGUACAAAUGCGGGGACCUGGUGUUCGCCAAGAUGAAGGGCUACCCACACUGGCCGGCCCGGAUUGACGAGAUGCCUGAAGCUGCAGUGAAAUCAACAGCCAACAAAUACCAAGUCUUUUUUUUCGGGACCCACGAAACGGCAUUCCUGGGCCCCAAAGACCUCUUCCCUUAUGAAGAGUCCAAGGAGAAGUUUGGCAAGCCCAACAAGAGGAAAGGGUUCAGCGAGGGGCUGUGGGAGAUCGAGAACAACCCUACCGUCAAGGCUUCUGGCUACCAGCCCUCCCCCCUCCUGCACAGAGCCCUGCCUGCCCGGCCAGUGGGUUUGCCCCAGGGCUAAUCCAACAGAGUCCUCCCAGAAAAAGAGACGCGUGGAAGAGCCUGAGCCCGAGCCCGAGCCCGAGGCCACAGAGGGUGAUGGUGACAAGAAGGGGAAUGCUGAGGGCAGCAGUGAUGAGGAGGGGAAGCUGGUCAUUGAUGAGCCAACCAAGGAGAAGAAUGAGAAGGGGACACUGAAGAGGAGAACAGGGGACCUGCUGGAGGACUCCCCAAAACGUCCCAAGGAGGCCGAAGACCCCGAAGAGGAGGAGAAGGAGUCGGGCACCUUGGAGGGUGAGAGGCCUCUUCCCGUAGAGAUGGAGAAGAAUAGCACGCCCUCUGAGCCCGGCUCUGGCCGGGGGCCUCCUCAGGAGGAGGAAGAGGAAGAGGAGGAAGAAGAGGCUGCCAAGGAAGAUGCUGAGGCCCCAGGCAUCAGAGAUCAUGAGAGCCUGUAGCCACCAAUGUUUCAAGAGGAGCCCCCACCCUGUUCCUGCUGCUGUCUGGGUGCUACUGGGGAAACUGGCCAUGGCCUGCAAACUGGGAACCCCGUCCCUGCCCCAACCCAUUCCCCUCUUCCACUCACUCUCCCCCCUCUAAGCCUGGCCCCUGGAGAUUGACGUGGAUGGGGCAGGCAACCUGGCCCUCGCCUUCAUGUCCCCACAUCCCUCUGAUCUGAGUUAGGGCCAUGCCCUCUGCUCCCUGGGAUGAGAUAAGGCCAUGUUCCUUCCCUGCCUAGAGCUGUUUCCCAGGACUUGGGGCCUGGACCAGGUUUUCCCACCUCUUGACACCCCUCUCCCCCAGGCAUUCUGAAACUCUGGGCUGGGAUCAGGGGUAGGAGUGAAAGGGCUGGAAGAUGAACAACAGGGUGGGCUUCUUGGGGGCCUGGGCGGGACAAUCCUCAAAUUAUGGUAGAAGUGGAGGACAAGACGGUGGCAUCUUCCUGAGCACCUGUCUCCUCCCACGCCUAUUAUCCCAGCUGCCUAGAUUCAGGGAAAGUGGGACAGCUUAGGGGGAUGGGCUCCCUUCCAAUAGGUGAUGCCCAUUCUUUCUUUUGCUGACCCAGGGAGUUCUGGGAGUUGUAGUUUAUCAUCAGAAGAUUUGGGGGCUUCCAAGUUGUUUGGGCCAAGAACCUGUGAUCUGAAAGGGUUGACUUCACCCAGCUUGGGUGGGAGUGAAGAGCAUCUGCCUCCCUUUAAUUUCUGGGGCCAGAGAUAAGAUACCCUGGGGAGAACCUAGCUGCCCUCUUGCCUCUCCCCACAGCACUCAAGGCCAGCCGACAGUCAUAUAAAUUACCCAGGCAUAAAGGAAAAGACACAUUUUUUAGGAAAUGUUUUUAAUAAAAGAAAAUUACAAAAAAAAUUUUAAAGAUCCCCCUACCCCUUCGUGUGCCCCCACUCUGCUCCUAUCUCCUUCACCGUUGCCCUCAUUUCUAAGGUGCACUGGGAGGUUCCCCAUCUGUUUGGGGCUUGAUGACUUUCUUUUUCUAGCUGGGGCUUUGGUGUUCCUUCUGGUGUCAUUUCCCAUCCACAUAAUCCCACCUGGUCCCCUCAGUGUUGUCAACAGAUCCGAUUUAUAACCUCUGAGAGGACAGAGGGAGAUAAAUGCCCUCUCCCAGCCUCUUCCUAGUGGUCUCUCUAUGCCUCUCUUGCGUCUCAUCUUUCACCCUUGCCCCCCUCCCUUGGGCUCUGAUGAAAAAUUGCUGACUGUAGCUUUGGAAAAGUUUAGCUCUGAGAACCGUAGACAAUUUCAGUUCUAGGAAAAUAAAACCCGUUGAUUACUAUA